AUGGCAUUCGUUUGGGUACAGCAGUGGAUCGCUCUUCCUGUCGUUUAUGAGGAUCAAAUGGGCGACUUACCUUCUGGAUCCGUUUCCCUGCCUUUGGAUACCACGGCAGCUAGUCUUGCGCACGAUGAGCACCAAUACCUCACCAGCGCCUCUGCGCCAACCCUCAGGUCCCCGAGUGACAAUGCGCCUUUCUACUCACAGCUCAGCUCAAUUACACAGGGCCAAGUCCCCCCCGACCUUCGUUCCCCUGCGCACCUAGGAAACCCACAGUAUCUAAUGCAAAACCAAGACACAUCUCCCUUAAACAUGGGCUCGAUGAUGAGCGGGCUUCCAGGCUAUCCUUCGAUGGAAUCCGUUCAUGACAAUCCUCAGACUCACCAACAGAUCCCGCGAUCCCUUUCUGGCGCCUCAAGUUCCACGCUUGUUUACCAACUCCAACAGAAUACUCAGAUGCCUAAUCACGGUUCUGGUUCUGUUCUAGUACACUCUUCUUAUGGCCCUGGAUUUGGUCAGAGUCAAUUCCAACAGAACUUUGUUCCUGCGCAAGCACCACAGCAUGCGACCUACGCGCCCUUUCAUGGAAACCAACAGCGGUUAGGUUCCUCGAACCCAAUACAAACCCCAUACCAAAACUUCCACCCACCGUCCCCAUACCUCUACUAUCCUACAUCGUAUGGCCCACAAGGACAAUUCCCUCAAGGGUUCCCAGCCCAGGGGGGGCAGUCACAAGCGAUGUUUGGACGAAGACUAAGUCUACCAUCCAGCCAAGUGCCUCCAAUGGGACAGAAUUUGGAUCCGUCUCAGCAUGAAUGCGGUUACUUCGGAACAAAUCGCAUGACUGGGGGACUUCAAGCAGACAAUGGGCAACUCGGUGCAAUACUGGGAAUUAUCAAGCCAGUACCCUCCAGUUCGAUACCUCGCGGGCCGCCCCGAAAACCCAAACAGUCCGGACACGCGCUCUGGGUUGGGAAUCUUCCUCCGGGGACAACUGUUGUUGACCUGAAGGACCAUUUUUCGCGCGACGCAACAAAAGACAUCGAGAGUCUCUUCCUCAUCUCCAAGAGCAACUGCGCAUUUGUCAACUAUCGUACCGAGGAUUCUUGCACAGCAGCUAUGCAUAGAUUUCACGAUUCAAGGUUCCAUGGAGUUCGGUUGGUGUGUCGGCUUCGGCGCAGCUCCGCUCCUACCUCUGGCGUGCCUACAGGACCUUCAGCGAUGGUAGGGAAUCAGCCAGGGAAUACCUCUCCUCCCAAGUCGCCUCAAGUUGUUGAAGUUGAAGAAGCCCAAGGAGAAGCUACAGAGCCCGCCCCUCACCAGAAUGACGAAAUUAGCAGAGAAGCUUCUACAGCCACUGAGAAAUACUUCAUCGUUAAGAGUCUUACGUUACAGGAUCUUGAGCUUAGUGUUAAGAAUGGCAUUUGGGCGACUCAGUCGCACAAUGAAAACGUGUUGAACAAGGCAUAUCAGACCGCCGAGAACGUCUAUCUCAUCUUCUCCGCUAACAAGUCUGGCGAAUAUUUUGGCUACGCAAGAAUGGAGUCCCCGAUCCUUGAAGACGCAAAACAUAUAAUAAGCUCCCCCCCCAAACCCGAGAACAUCAUAGAUGCCACGGACGUCCCGAAAUCCAUUCCCACCCCUGCCACGGAGUUCGCACCUAAGGGCCGCGUCAUCGAUGAUUCCGCACGAGGGACAAUCUUCUGGGAGGCACAAUUAACCGACAAUGAAGCCGAAGAUGGCGACCACGAGAAAGAAGUGCCCCAAGCCGAAGGCGGCACCUCGCCGGAGACGCAGACCUGGGGCAAGCCGUUCCAGGUCAAGUGGAUAUCUACAAACCGGCUUCCGUUUUACCGCACGCGCGGGCUCCGCAAUCCUUGGAACGCCAACCGAGAAGUCAAGAUUGCGAGGGAUGGCACCGAGCUCGAAACUAACGUUGGAGAGCGCUUGAUCCAUAUGUUUCAUCGUUUGGGGCCGUCAAGUGCGGCUGGUGCUGGUGCGCCAAUGAUGCCUCCGCCGCAGCAGAUCGGUGCUCCGCCCCAGAUGCGGCCGUUCUAAACCAUAGAACAUUACACCACACGAUGUAUGUCUGUUUGCCCGUCUUUAAGUAUGGAUCCAUCUUGCUAGGCUCAGACUGAUACACACUUAUUGAUGUCGUUUAUGGUAGUGGAGUUAAAGUCAACCAUUUUUCAUGCAUUUUGUACGACUCUCUUUUAUCUCAUUCCAUGUCGUCAGUACCGGCUCCCCAUACCAUAAUAUGGGAAGAAG